AUGCAGCCGUCCAUGUACUGCAUCCCCCGCACGGAACGCGUGCGCUGGAUUCUGUCCGCGGCUUGCACCGUGGUGCUCUGCUCUCUGCUGCUGAGCCUCUACUUGCCCAGGGAGCAACACGGCAAGGACGCCAUGCCAUUCGACGACACCAACGCCACUCUCAACGGGAUCGAUGGCAUUCCACUCAACGCCACCAACGGCACCCUCAACGGAACCGACGCCAUGCCAUUCAACGACACUAACGCAACUUUCAACGGGAACGACGGCAUACCAUUCAACGCAAUUCUCGACGGGAACGACGGCAUACCAUUCAACGCAACUCUCAACGGGAACGACGGCAUACCAUUCAACGUAACUCUCAACUGGAACGACGGCAUACCAUUCAACGCAACUCUUGACGGGAACGACGGCAUACCAUUCAACGCAACUCUCAACGGGACCGUCUCCUGCGAGGAGGUCGGCAACUCCACCGCGGGCUGCGUGGAAGCCGGUACGCCUACUAUCGUGCCGACCUGGGACGGUGCAGUCAACCAUUCAGAAGAACAGCUGCGAGAUGGGGGAAACCACCCGGAAGAUUCCUUCAAUUCGUCAGGUUUUCGCCAGGCUGUGGAAGACGUGUUCCUGGACCAAAACUUGAUGGAUUCAGGCGCUUCAGCAGCUGCCGCUCCCUUUUCAGUGAUCGGCAUCUUCGCUCUCGCCACCACAUGGGGAGUCAUGCUUUGUGGCUAGAUGGA